GAGUUUGUUCUGAUUAUGAAACUUGACAGUAAAUUUUAUCACAUCUGAUACCAGAAGAACAUGCUGAGUAAACAGGGAAGUACUGUCUAGCAUAUAUAAAGCUCUUCAAAACAUCCAUGUUCUAGGAGAAGAGAAGCUGAAGACAGACUUGGAUUUAUUUUCCGACUCUCUUGGGUGCCUGAGAAGAACUGUCCCCAUGCUACUAACGCUGAUGAUUCUGGGCCUUGCUGCCCUUUUUGGUACUUCUGAGAGUCAGACUGGAUGCUUUGGUAACAUAAACAACGUUGAUACCACUGGGGCUUCCUGUAAAACUGCAAGACAAGAAGGUUUAAAUUACUGUGGAGUUCCUGCAUCAGAAAAGAUUGCUGAGAGGGACUUAAAUAAUAUGAACAAAUAUAAAACCAUCAUUAAGAGCGCUGGCAAAAAAAGAUGUAUGGAUCCAGCUGUGAUCGCUGGUAUCAUCUCUCGGGAGUCGCAUGCUGGAACUCUCCUAAAGGGUGGCUGGGGCGAUAACGGCAAUGCAUUUGGUUUAAUGCAGGUUGAUAAAAACAGCCAUAGUAUUGUUGGACGGUGGAAUGGUGAAGAUCAUCUCCUUGAUGCUACACGUAUCCUUGUUGGUAUGAUUAAGGGAAUCCAGAAAAAAUUCCCCAGAUGGACAAAGGAACAACAGAUGAAAGGUGGGAUUUCUGCCUACAACGGAGGACUGGGAAAUGUCCGAAGUUAUGUAAAUAUGGAUAUUGGCACGCCUGGCGAUGAUUAUGCCAAUGAUGUCGUUGCACGAGCCAAGUUUUAUAAGAGAAAUGGAUACUGAAUCUGGGAGUUCUCUUCUUUCAGAUACAUUGUGGUGCAUCUGAUUAUCAGUCUGACGUUCAUUACGUAUGUUUGGAGGAAGAUUAAAAGCUGUAUCCUGAAAAUCCGUAUUGAUGCAUAUAGGCCCCCUGAGUGCAGUGGGAAGAAUUGCUUCAGUAGGGGGGGUGGGGUCUCAGGCACCAGAUUUUUAAAUUCUGCAAUCAGUAAAACAUUGGUUAUAUGGUAACUUCAAAACAGUUGGCCUCUAUCUAACCAAAGGAAACAUUAACCAGAGUAUUGAUAAUAUCCCAUCCUAUUCUGAUUAUUUCUCUGAGUUAUUAAAGCUGCUCUAUCUCCUGUUAGUCUUCUACCUUCCCAUUUUUAAUCAUAUUUCAAUAUCUGCUGUUGUCUUAAGAAAUAAAAAGGGAAAAGUAAUCUCUUUGGGGAAGGAAACAUGGAUUUUCAAUCUUUUUAUGAUUUAGUCUGACAAGUUAUUUUUCAUUGCAGCUGGACAGAGAUCUGUAAACUUAUUGUAUGUGGGGAUUUUAUUGACACAUCUUUUACUUUGGCAUGGAAAUGCCUAGAGCCUGGGAUGGAUGCUUUUAAUUGAACAGAAAUAAGCAAAUGAAAAUUGAAUUAAAAUUGUUAUUUAGCAAAUGAA